GGCGCUCGUCAUUUUCGCCCGUUAAACAAAUGAAUUUGUGAAUAAUCCGCAGAGGCCAAGCCGGCGCAUGAUGAGUCCAAACAGCCGGUGGUCGUGAAGCUCGACUUUUAAGUCUCUCAUUGAUGACGCACUGUCGAUUGUUAGAAUGUCGAGCAUCCGCGUAGCCAUACUCGACGACUACAAUGACCUUGCUAGCCAAUAUCUUGGAGGUCUCGACUCCACCCUUAGCUUCACCCACUUCCCCAACACAAUCCUUCCCUCCCGGGACCCCUCUGAGCUCAUCCACAGGCUGCGCGAUUUUGAGGUCAUAUGCACCAUGCACGAGCGGACCCCACUGCCUUCUAGGGUCAUAAGAGAACUUCCCAGGCUCAAGGUCUUGCUGACAACGGGGAUGAGGAAUCUAGGGAUAGAUCUGGAGGCGUGCCGACAGAUGGGCGUUACAGUAGCAGGAACAUCUCCCCCGUCGGAUGACAGCAACAUCGCAGCGACGGUCCAGCAUACCUGGGCGUUGAUCCUCGCCCUGGCUUGUAACAUCUCUCGCGAUGCCUCCCUCAUCUCAACCGGGUCCUGGUUGAGCGCGAUGCCCCUCAAUUUCUCGCUUCCCGGAUCGACGUUGGGGAUUCUGGGGCUUGGCAAACUGGGCCUGGGCACGGCACGUAUUGGCAAGGUCGGGUUCGACAUGAAGAUCAUCGCAUGGUCGCAGAAUCUCACUCAGGAGAAGGCGGACGAAGCGGCUCGGAAGGCCGGACUCUGCGUAGGUGAUAUUCAGGUCGUCAGCAAGCAGGAACUUUUCCGAAGCUCUGAUGUCUUGUCUCUACACUGUAUCCUAUCCGAGAGGACUCGGGGCAUCGUGGGUGCGGAGGAUCUUGCGCUCAUGAAGACCACCGGAAUGAUCAUCAACACGAGUCGUGGUCCGUUGAUCGACGAGAACGCACUUUUGGAUGCCUUAGAUCAUGGUACUAUACGAGGAGCCGCUUUGGACGUGUAUGAUCUUGAACCCUUGCCUCUGGGAUCGAGGUGGCGUACCACCAAAUGGGGCGAGGCAGGGCGGUCUCAGGUGGUACUGACUCCGCAUUCUGGUUACUCUUACGAGCCAACCAUUACACACAUGUGGAAGGAGACUCGGUCCAACCUGGAGCGACUGUCGAGAGGGGAGGCCAUUGUGAAUCUCAUGGUCCCCGCGACGUAGUGGACUCUUACACACCGAUAUCCGAUUUCGCCCCGGAGCACACGAUACCUAGACCCUCGCUGAAGAGGAUCGCAUACCCUAGCAUAUACUAUGAUUGCAUA